UAAACCCAGUAUCCUUUAUUCUCCCCUCCAGUUCCCCUUGCUCUGCUCUCUUUUCUAGGGUUUAUGGAAACCCCAACCACCAAAACCUGAACCAUUCAUGGGGCUGCUCUCAUCUCCUCCUCCCCACUCCUCUAAACCCUACUCCGAGCUCUCCAAUCGCACCCCAAUCCCACGAUCACAUCCCCACCGUCCCUCCCCAAACCCUAGAAUCCCCCACCUCACCUCCUCCGCCGCCGCCGCCGCCGCCGCCGCCGCCGCAGCAUGAGGCGACGCGCGGCGGCGCUCGUCCUCUCCCGCUCGUCGCCGCUCUCCCCCUUCGCCGGAGCCGCCCCUCCGUUCCCGCCGCACAAAUCCGGGUUCUCCCGCGCGAAUCCGUUCAAAAGGCCCCGCCUUUGUGCCCUCCUCUGCUGCAGUGGCACCUGCUCCUCUUCUUCCUCCCCCGAUGAUGAUUUGAGUGGCUUGGUCGAUCCUGAGUUCUCUGAUCCGUCGAACGGAGACUCACGCGGUCGAGGGAGCCAUCACGGGGGCUCCGUCUCGGCCAAAGACUUCGCCUUUUUGCAGGAAGCGGCGGCGGAGCGGAGCUCAACUGAUUUGGGCGAGUUCUCUCCUGAGGGCGUUUUGAUCUCCAAGGCGAUUAGGGCUAGCGGAACCGACUUUGAUAGCAAAACCGAGAAGUUGUUAAGGCGAUUCAGAGAGAAAAUAGAUGAAUCGAUAGUGAUCGAUGUGCUCAGGCUCGUGAAAGUUCCGGAACUGUGCAUCAAAUUCUUUACCUGGGCCGGCCGCCAAAUUGGGUAUGCUCAUACGGGCGCGACAUAUGAUGCGCUAAUCAAAAUUUUGGGUUUUGAUGAGAAAAGCAGAGUCGCCAAUCAGCUUCUACGCGAGAUUGGAGAUGAUGACCGUGAAGUGCUCGUCAAAUUGCUUAAUGUAUUGGUUAGGAAAUGUUGCCGUAACGGGCUUUGGAAUGAAGCCUUAGAGGAGCUCGGAAGGCUUAAAGACUUUGGUUUUAGGCCAUCCAAGGUUACAUAUCAUGCUUUAAUUCAAGUUCUUUUAAGUGCCGAGAGAUUGGAUAUGGCUUUCUUAGUUCAUAAGGAGAUGUCGGACUCAGGUUUUUGUAUGGACAGGUUCACUAUGGGGUGCUUUGCCCACUCUUUGUGCAAAGCCGGGAGGUGGGUCGAAGCUCUCAACAUGAUAGAGAGAGAAGAUUUCACGCUCGAUACGGUUCUAUGCACUCAGAUGAUAAGUGGGUUGUUGGAGGCUUCUCUUUUUGAAGAAGCCAUGUCUUUCCUUCAUAGGAUGCGGUCUAACUCGUUCGUCCCGAAUGCGAUAACUUAUAGAACGUUACUAUCCGGGUUUCUGAGGAAGAAGCAGCUUGGUUGGUGUAAGAGAAUCAUUAAUAUGAUGAUCACCGAGGGUUGUAAUCCGAGCCCAUCCCUGUUUAAUUCCCUUGUUCAUGGUUAUAGCAAAAGUGGAGACUAUGAUUAUGCUUAUAAGCUGCUAAAAAAAAUGGUGGCUUGCAAUUGCCCUCCGGGUUAUGUGACUUAUAAUAUAUUUAUUGGGAGUAUAUGCGGUAGUGAUAAAUUACCGAGUUUGGACUUAUUGGACUUGGCAGAGAAAGCUUAUUACGACAUGCUUAAUGCGGGCGUUGUUCUCAAUAAGGUGAAUGUUUCUAAUUUUGCUCGAUGUCUAUGUGGGGUUGGAAAGUUUGAUAAGGCAUUUGAGAUCAUAAAGGAGAUGAUGAAGAAGGGGUUCGUACCUGAUACUAGCACGUACUCCAAAGUCAUUGGUUUUCUUUGCGAAGCUUCUAAGGUGGAGAAGGCUUUCCUUUUGUUUGAGGAGAUGAAGAGGACGGGUGUCGUUCCCGAUGUUUAUACCUACACUAUUUUAAUUGAUAGCUUUUGUAAGGUUGGACUCAUCCCACAAGCGCGAAUUUGGUUCGAGGAAAUGGAGAGAGGUGGAUGCAACCCAAAUGUGGUGACUUAUACGGCACUUAUACAUGCUUAUUUGAAGGCUAAGCAAAUUUCUGAGGCAAACGAUCUUUUCGCGAGAAUGGUCGGCGAUGGAUGCCUCCCUAAUGUAGUGACAUACACUGCAUUAAUCGAUGGCCUUUGCAAAGCUGGUGAAUUUCAAAAGGCAUGCAAUAUAUACUCCAAAAUGAUUGGGGUUAUUCAAACUGCGGAUAAUGAUAGACACUUCGAAGAUGACAAUUUUGACUCCUUAGAGCCAAAUGUCUUUACUUACGGAGCAUUGGUGGAUGGUUUGUGUAAAGCCCAUAAAGUAGUCGAGGCCCGCGAUUUACUCGAUACAAUGUCAUCUAAAGGUUGUGAGCCAAAUCAUGUCGUUUAUGAUGCUCUUAUCGACGGCUUCUGCAAGGCCGGAAGGCUCGAUGAUGCACAAGAGGUUUUUGUGAGAAUGACUCAACGUGGUUAUAUGCCUAAUGUUUAUACGUACAGCUCCUUGAUUGAUAAGAUGUUUAAGGAUAAAAGACUUGAUCUUGCUUUGAAGGUCCUCUCUAAAAUGUUAGAGAGCUCUUGUGCGCCUAACGUUAUUACUUACACUGAGAUGAUUGACGGGCUCUGCAAAGUGGGAAAAACUGAGGAGGCUUUGAAGCUUUUAUCGAUGAUGGAGGAGAAAGGCUGUAACCCUAAUGUUGUAACUUACACUGCAAUAAUAGAUGGGUUCGGUAAAGCAGGUAAAAUCGACAUGUGUCUUAAGCUAUUCGAGCAGAUGACAACAAAGAGUUGUGCUCCAAAUUUUGUUACUUACCGGGUUUUGAUCAGCCAUUGUUGUGCCGCUGGGCUUUUGGAUGAGGCCCACAAACUGCUCGAGGAAAUGAAGCAGACAUACUGGCCGAGAUAUGUAGCAGGUUAUAGCCAUGUGAUUCAAGGGUUUAGUAAGAAGUUUAUCGCCUCGCUUGGGCUUUUAGAAGAAGUGGCUACUUAUAGUGCGGUGCCCAUUGCUCCUGCUUAUAGUAUGCUUAUUGAUAGUUUCUCCAAAGCUGGUAGGCUGGAGGUAGCACUGGAAUUGCACAAAGAGAUUAUGGAAACGGCACAAUGUCCGGCAGUUGCUAGCAAAAACAUGUAUGCAUCAUUAAUUCAAGGGUUUUGUUUGGCGUUGAAGGUUGAAAAAGCUUUCGAAUUGUACAGUGAGAUGAUAAGGAGGGGACUUGUGCCUGAUUUGGCCAUCCUCUUUUGCCUCAUCAAGGGACUCUUAAGAGUUAACAAGUGGGAUGAAGCACUCCAACUGUGUUAUAGCAUACACCACAAUGGCAUUAUCUGGCAUGAUAGCAAACGCUUUGAUGGUGGCUAGGGUGUUCUUUUCUUUUUCUGUCUCCUCAUAGCGGCAAUGGCUGCUUCCCAUAUAAGCCAUCGGAUAUAAGCACUACAAUGCAAGUGGAAUUUGGUUAUAGGAAAAAGAGAGAGAGAUGGAGCGCUACUGCUUUGUUAGGGUGGUUUAGCAAAAGUCGCCUCAAAGAGGAUCCAAUAUGCGAACGGAUCUUUCCCGUCGAAUGGCAUCCUCUUACUCAGUUGAUGAUCCCAACUCUUGAUCAUGUGGCGCAUAUCCUCUCCUUUCGCAAAGGGCAUUCUUGGCUCGGUUUGGACUUCCGGAGACGAUUUGUUUGGGUAGUGUUGUGCAGGAAAUUACUAACAGCUUUUUCAUCAAAAUUCCCUCAACAGCUUCACAGUAGAGUUGAAGCAGAAGCUUCAAGUUGUCAAUUUCUGGUUUCGCACCCACGGCAAAAGCAUUUUAAUCAACCAAUUCGUGGCCGUGCUUUUCAUAGUAGAGAAAUCGUUCUAGAAGCCAAGGCCAAACUAGCAGCCACUAAGAAAUUACCAAUUUUCCGAAUAUGA